AUGUCCAGCCUCAGCGACCUGCUCCAUCGACAGCGACCCAGCCAGUGGGAACAGUUUCUAUCUCAGCCUUGUCUAUUCCUCGCACGGAAGCUUUACACUUGCCAUCAAUCAAUUCCAGCCAACCCAAUUACACGCCCUGUUUCCAUCGUCUGCAUCUCUGAUACUCAUAAUAACCAACCCAGCCUCCCAAAUGGAGACAUCCUCAUUCAUGCAGGUGAUCUUACAAGCUCGGGAUCUUUGAAGGAACUCCAGGCGACACUCACCUGGCUACGCGCCCAGCCUCAUCCCACCAAAAUUGUUAUUGCGGGUAAUCACGACCUGUUACUUGAUACAGAAUGGAAUGGCAAUUCAAAUCAAGCAUCAGUGGAGCGCGCCAGGCUUGACUGGGGUGAUAUAAUCUACCUCGAAAAUCAGGAAACAACGAUUCGUUGUGCAAAUGGUCGCACGCUCAGGAUUUACGGAAGUCCUUAUUCUGCACGGAACGGUAACUGGGCAUUUCAAUAUCCGCGCAGUGAAGAUCUCUGGUCCGACUCCGUGCCAGAUGGAAUCGAUGUCCUCGUCACGCAUGGUCCACCACGCGGUCAUCUGGAUCUGCUCCGGUUUGGCUGUGUUCAUCUACUAGGGGAACUCUGGAGGGUUCGACCAAGACUCCAUGUGUUCGGACAUAUCCACGAGGGUGCAGGCACCGAAUGGAUAUCAUUCGAUGGGCUUCAGACGGUCUAUGAGAGCACGGUAAUUGCCAGAGGAGGGUUGAAGAAUCUGUUAUUGACCUUUCGAGAGUUCAUCAGGGCAUGUUUCUACCCGACAGUGGAGGCAAAAUGUCUGCUUGUGAACCCAGCUAUUGUUGGAGGCUUGCGGGAUAAUGAGCGCAGACAACCGGUCAAGGUCGUCAUUUGA